AUGUCGUUUCCGUUCUCCACCCGUCUGCUAACCUCGCGUCGUUACCUCGCCAACGAGUUUAAGGAUAUCCAGCGUACGAGCUCUAACGCCGGUGGAGCGGCGCAGCCACCCGCCAUCCCGCAUAAUGAUCCCAUCCUCCCGAUGGAUUUCAACCCUCACAUCGAGUGGUUUGAAUAUCCGAAAGAGAUUUUCGAUCCGAAGUACCCGUACACCCGCGAGGAGAGCAUCCGUAUGACGGAGGAAUCCUGGGAAAGCACGAUGGAUGAGAUGGCGUCGAAGUACGGCAUGCGGCUGAAUAUGACGUCGAAGCCGACGUUUUGGAUGGCGUGGGCGAUGAUGUUUUUUUACGCGUGGUAUACGCUCUGGGGGUGCUACCGCGCGAUGGGAACAGAACCCGGGUGGAAGCACUUUAAGAGUAUCGUUAUGAAUCAACCCAACGCCCCGACGCUCGAGGAGGAUGAUAUCUACCUCGAUCAGUGGAUGCGGCCGGAGAUGCGGGAAAAAUUCAGCCGCUAUGAUCGUUUCUGGAAUUGGAAGCCGCUCGUGAAUCGAGAGGGCGCGAAAACGAGCUGGUCGAUUCCGAUGGUUUACCAGGAUGAAUCUGAGUGGAAGCAUAUGACGAGCAAGUACUAA